AUUUCGAAGGAGAUAGGUCGUGAAAAUGCGACUUUUCCUGUUGUUGUGGGCGAUUUUCGAAAUAAACGGAAAUUUCGCGUGGGAAAACGAGCUGGACGUACUGAGUGAGAAUUUGAUUGAGAAUUUACGAGUCGAUCCGUUUUUAAAUGGCGAGUCAACGUCGGGAAAAUUAUCACAAACUUCCAAGCAAUUCAUCGAUAAGCACGUCGAGCAAUACAAGCAACUGGUGCUAACUUCACAGAGAAAGAAGUUCUCCAGAUCGAAGAGGAGCUUACGGGAAAUAGAGGCUGAAUGGUCGGAUUAUGUAACAGAGAUUGCUGCGUACGGGAACAUUACAGGUUUUCGAGCGAAGGACGUGAGGUUUUUCCGGCAAAACUCGCAAUGGUAUUCGGCCACUCUGGUACCAGAACAGGAGGUGCUCAGGAUUUCCAGAUAUCAAGAUUUGCGAUUGCAUACAGUAUUGGAAGUGAGCAUUACGAACGGAACCCGUUUGGCGACUUUUCCUCUGGAAAAUUCCACUUUAUUAGUGGUCGCCGAAAAUUCCACUAGCUCAAAUUUUACAACAAUUUACAAGUUUAAUGCAGCAGAAACGUUAGAAAUCAUCCAGAGAGUCGAGGGCACGGGUUACUACGAUGUUAACAUUUGGGAGGAUAACGGCAACGUAUUCAUGUCUCUUAUCGGAUCUUCGACGAAUUCGACCAUCCUUUCGCCCAUUUCUCGCAUUUACAAAUGGCGCAGCGGCCAUUUUGAUGUCCUGCAGAACGUCAGCGCAACGGGCGUCAGCAGGACAACGGCAUUUCGAAUUCGUGACGCUGGAUUCUUGGCAAUCGCCAGAAACCGUCCGGAAGAAGGUGAUGAGAGAGUGUACGCCGAUAUAUGGAAAUUCGACGUGGAAAGCGAGACAUACGAGCUUUUCCAGAGGAUACUGACCUACGGCUGCGAGGACAUCAAAUAUUUCCAGACGGGAAGUAAAGGAGAGGGUUUCCUUGUGGUCGCCAAUUUUCUCCGGAAAGAUUCUAGAGGAGAAAUCUACUACAAUGCGCCGUCUAUAAUUUACAAAGUUUUGGACAAUUAUUUCGUUCCUUUCCAAACUCUUAGCCUGACUGGAGUCUAUCAAUUCGAUGUAAUUCAUGAUGAAAAUGGCGAUGCUUUGCUAAUUGCUUUAACUCUGGAAGGAUUGAAAUCGUUCAUUUAUGACGGCUGGAGGUUCGUUGAAAGUCGGAUAAAAUUCGAUGGAACGUUCGAUAAAAAUGGCAUUAAAGCUUUGAAAGCUUACAGAAUUAAUAACAGAAAUUUAAUAGCUGUAAUGAGAGAAAAUUUCACCGCAAAUGAGGGUUUUCUUUACGAAGUAAACUUCACCAGCAAGAGAAAAUACGAAAAACUCUAUGAUGAAUUGUUAAAUUGGUGUCAAGCUACAACUGUGGAAAUUAACGAAAAAUACUCUAAUACCUUUAAAAGAGUCCGAAGGAAUGAGGAAUCCGAAUACACCGGAAAAUUCGCCGAUUACGCGUCGAAAUUGUCGAACAUCGAGAAAACCCUGCGAAAUUCCCCGCAAUUUCCCGGCGAUCACGUCUUCGGAGACCAGCUAGAAGCGAAAUCGAUUCUUCUGAACGAUUCCGGCAAAUUCGCGUCGCUAUCGACCGAUAAAAUCAACGGCCGGACGAUCGAUUCGAUUCUGGAAAACUCCCUCAACGUCAACGGCGGCUUCGGCGUCGAUUCUACAUCGAUUAAAAUCGAUUUCCUUCGAACGGACGAGCUGCAAUUGCGGGCGAUUAACAAUCGCUCGAUUCGCUCGUUGAUUCGUAAGGGGGAAAUUAACGAUUUAAAUGCGGUGAAAAUCCUCGAUAGCGCCGUGUUCGAAGGGGACGUGACCGUGGAAAAUCAGAAUAUCCCUACUGAUCAUGUCCCACUUAACAUUCCUAAUCAGAAGCUUAGAAUGUCCGAAGUUGAAGCAGAUGAAAUCACCGACGUAGGCGAUGAAAAGAAACAACUGAAAAACGUGAGUGUACUGAAAACAAAGAAUUUGAUAGUAGGCGGUUAUCUUAAUGACGUCGAUGUGGCCACUUUGGAAAAAUACGCUUUGAGGAAAUCUGGAAGACAGGAUAUUACAGCAGAGAGUUAUUAUUUCGAUAGAGUGGAAACAGAAUUCCUGGAUACUGAUAGGUUAUCAGAUUCUCAAAUCCCCAACGAUUUGGUGCUAACAAAAACCGGGAAUUUCACCGUACCAAAAUCUCUACUCUUCACCGAACCGCUUGCAAUCAACAAUUUACUGGUCUCGAAACAACUGGACAAUAUAAAAAUCUCCAGAGAAGGGACAUUGGAUCUUCUUCUGAAGAACACAACCACCGCGCAACACGUCACAUCUACCAAAACCUUUGUAAACCUUCACGUAAUCAACCCCAUCGACUUGAGAGGAAAACCAAUAGGCAAGGAUUUCGAAAGGAUGGAUCCUCUUAAGCGCAUCGAGAAAGAUAUCACCGUCGACAAGAACGUGGAAAUAACCGGUGAUACUGUCGUGGAAACUUUAUUGAAAUCGACCGAUAUCACCGCGUCCGGUACAAUCGAGCAUUCUUUCAAUAGAUUAAUCCAGAACGGCCUAAAGUUAAAUAAUAAAAACAUAAACCUGCCCGUCGUGUUCCUCGACCAUCUAAAUGUAGAUGAACUUACAGCUAAUGUUAUUAAUGGAGUGAACCCGGAAAAUUUGGUUGUAACCGGAGCCAAGCACACCCAGGUCAUCAGGGGAUGGAAAACCUUCAAUGGAGAUUUGGAAAUAACUGGAGAUACGGACGUGACGCGAAUAAACAACAUCAAUACAGUGGAAUUCGAGAAAAACGUUCUGAAAACCGAAGGCGAACAAGUCAUUACAGGCACACAUGAAAUAGAUAAUGUUAUAGCGUUGGGAAGAUUGAAAAUUAACAACGUGAAAUUCGGAGAACAACCCUGGAAAAGCGUUCUAACCACCACGGGUAACCAAACCAUCCAUCCGGUUCUUGUGGCCUCCGAUUUAAAAGCUAACCGGUCAUCGGUGAAACGUUUGGCGAUCGACGGGGAAAUCAACGGAGUGGAUUUCGCGAGGAUGAUGCGCGAUACGAUUUCGAAAGAUGAGUUUGCGAAAGUUUCCGGCGUGAAAAAUUUCACGGAUUUGGUGGUGGAGAAUUUGACGAUUGCGGGCGACUUCGGGCUGGCCCGACGGUUGGAGGAGAUGGAGAAUUUGAAUUUAACGUUGGAGAAUUUGGAUCGAACGGAAGGUGUUGUAGCGAGGAAUGUUUAUUUCGGGAGUAGAUUGAACGGUGUGGAUUUGAGCGAAUUCGAAAUCGACGAGGAAAAUGCGAUGGACGAUAAAAUAGUAGUGGAAGGCGAUCACGAAUUCGAGGAAAUAACGGUAUUAGGCGAUGUUUAUAUCGAAAGCAACGAAAUAAACGACAUCGAUUUGGAUGAUAUCCAAGAAAAUAGCGUCAAAACUGAUGAACAGCAAAUUUUCGUUAACGCACAAUUCGGCGAAAUUUUCGUGCCUACUUCCAUUACUCUCGACGGUCAAAUCGAGAACGUGGACCUGGAUGAAAUUUUCCAAAACAACAAAACCGACCCCCAAAAUAUUCUGGAUAAAUUACGAUUCAAGAAAGGUCUUACCGUAACCGAAACUCUCACAGUAAAAGACCACCUGAACGGAAUGAGCAUAUCUGAAUUGUGCGCACUAACCAAUUCAACGCCUCAAAAGAACAUCAUCAUCGAAGGUGAUGUUCAUUUCGUUAGAGGACCUCACGUGGAGCAAUUUAAUAAUCUAAACGUUAAGGAAUUCAACGAUAACCUUUGGUUUACCGAUAGACCGAUCGCACUACGAUCCAAUUUCGAAUUCGAUAGCAACGCCACAGUAAGGGAUAAAGUGCAUUUACGCGGGCUGCUAAAUGACUGUAAGGUACAGUACUUAUCCGAGAAUUACCUGAGCAAAACGAAAGAUCAAAGCGUCGAGGCCGAACUGAAUUUCCUCGAUGGAGCAGUUUUUCUUAGAGACGUGGCAACCACGAAUUUGGAAGCGCGCUUCGUAAACGAAAUUAACGUGAAGGAGUUUCCGAAAACCAUCCUUAUGCACAGACAGCAAUUAUUCGAAGAUAUCGUCUACUUCGAUGAAGUCACCGCAGAAGACCUGAAAGGAGAUUACCAGGUGAACAAAUUGAAUCUGGACGCGGAUGUGAUGAGAUACGACAAAAAGAAUUUGAUAACGGGCUCCAAGUCGCUUCGCGAGCUCGACGUCGACUUGCUGAGCUCCAAGCGUCCCGACGCCUCGGUGCAAGAGGUCGCUAUUGACCGGUGGCUCGACAGGGCCGUACUCAAUGAGGGCGCUUACAAAAUUACCGGUACCAAAACCUUCAGGAACGUGUUCGUCAGAAAUGGUACCAAUCUAAUGGGGAGUUUAAAAAAUAUAGCAAAGGUAAAUAACGAGAGUGUACUGAUUAAAAACGUCCCGCAAGAUAUCACCGGUAGGAAAACUUUCGUAGAAAAUGCGUUAAAUAUAAAAUCUAUGAAAAUCAAAGGGUUAUUCAAUGGAGACGAUUUGAUGAAAGUCCUAAACAAUCAAGCUAACAAGCGAGAGGAUACUUAUUUGAAUUCCCCGCUAGAAUUUACCAAUGUCAUCGAUUCGAACAACGUGCAUUUCAACGCCAAAUACAACGGUAUAGAUGUGGUGAAACUUUUGAAAAAUAUCAGCGCUAUCGGGACGUUGGAGCAUAUCGAAGAAAAGUACGAAGAUCUAUUGGAAAUGAUUGGCGAUGUGGAAACAUCACUGUCGAAACGAGCUUUUUAUUUGGAUUAUUUCAAGCCUGUGAUAGACACGAAUCCCGUCACCCAAAUAUUCGCGAUCAAUGGCCAAAUAGUAAGUUUCGAGAACGAUAGCAAUUCGAAUGUAAUGGCUUUGCUAAAUUGGCACGAACGUUUGGAAUUAUUUAAACCAUAUUAUGAGAAAGAAUUGGGCCCGUAUCCGACUUAUGCUAAGAAGUUGGAGGACAUAGAUGGAGCGGAGGUUAUUUACAUAGAACACCCUAAAACGUCAGAUGAUAAUGGUGAUUACACUCACGUGGGUCAAUUUAUGUCGUUAGAUAAUACUACGAAACGAUUUUUCGCAGAAUUUCAAACGAAAGGGACCAGAUACGCGACAUCUUUCUUAGUGAAAGAUUCAAAUUGCUUGCUAUUCGUAGAUUAUGGAUUUACCAUCGAAGUACUUUGCUCUGGACCGAAUAAGAAAUUUUCGCUUCGACAAACUAUCAAAAACGAGCAUCCCAUAAUGGCUUCUGUGAUAACAGUUGAUGAAGUUCCACAUCUGAUUACAAUACAAAAAGACGACCACCCAAAAACAUUAAUAUGGAAACUCGAUAGAAACAAUCAAUUUCAAAUUUUCGAUAGUUAUUCAGAAGGCGAUCCGAUCGAUUUAACAACGGUGACAACCGAAAAAGGAAGCUUUGUAGCUGUCGCAUACAAAUACUUACCGAACACGAAAGAUUUCGGUAAAAUUAUAAUAAGAAGAUACGAAAAGUCCAGCGGAAAAUUCGUCAAGUUCCAAUCGUUGAAAUUGAAAGAGCCCGCAGGAAUUUUGUUUUCCGAGCUACCAUCAAAAGAAAUCGCCCUGUAUGCAACCACUCGCACCGCCUCCGAGCACUUCCUGCUGUUUCUCUAUCAGGGAGUUUCCGGUUUUGUGAGAAAAAUCGGCAGUUCGACUGUCAGGAAUAUUGAACAUAUCGAAGAUAUUACUUUAGAUAACCAGCAUUUUCUGUUUGCUCACCACAAAAACGGAAAAACAGUAUUACAGGCGGUUUUUAAGGGGAACAAAAUUUGGUAGAAUAUGAAAAUUGUAUUUACUAUAUUGUGUAUUGUUAUGUGUUUUGUUGUUAAUUAAUAUGUUAUGUGUUUU